AUGACUACCAAAUAUCUAUUACCAGAAGUUCAGUGGGCUCAAAGAUCAAACGAAACUGAUCCAGAAAAGAACUACAUCCUACUAACCAUUUCAAUCACCGACUGUGAAGACCCAAUUCUAGACAUCCAACCAACCUCCCUUGACCUCACUGCAAAAUCAAAGGGCCAUGUAGGCGAUGAGACUGAACACGAAUACAAACUACACAUCGACUUCUAUAAAGAGAUCGUUCCUGAAAAGACUCUACACAAGAAGGCCAAUGGACAACAUUAUUUCUUGAAGAUGUUCAAAAAGGAUUUGCAAUUGGAAUAUUGGCCAAGAUUGACAAAGGAAAAAAUCAAAUAUAACAACAUCAAAACGGACUUUGACAAGUGGGUCGAUGAAGAUGAACAAGAUGAAGUCUCUGAAGCUAAUGAUAUCCCUGGGAUGGACGCAUUAGGUGCUGGUGGAGCUGGUGGUUUAGAUUUCACCGAAAUGAUGAAGAGUAUGGGCGGUGCAGGUGGAGCCGGUGGAGCUGGAUUGGGUGAUAUGUUAUCUGGAGAUAAGAGCAAACAACUGGAAGAAUUGAUGAAACAAAUGCAGAAUGAAGAUCAUAACAAUAGUAUUGACGAUAAGGACAACGUUGAAGAAGAAGAUGAAGAAGAAGAAAAAUAA